CAACCGACACGAUUCACUCCCCUUGAUUUCUCUUGCUAUCCACUUCACACAAUAAAACAAGCCUUGGCCUAUCCUUCCACUUCCAGCAGAGCAUCUUCAAGACUGUCCCUACUCACCCCUACCCGCCAGCGAACGAACGUGAAGCUAUUCUUAGUCGAGGUAACGCGUCUUCUCACUGCUCACUUCGAGGCUGCCACGAGUACGAUUUCGUUUCCUACCCGUCGGCAACUUUCAGAACUUUUGUGAGGACGUGGAAGUUAGCCCAGUGCCACUGUUCUCAUUCUUGCUUCUGGCACCAACCUGCACACAAGUCUCUACAACUGAUUAAAAAAAACAACUUCACCCAAGCACUGAAAGAAGAUGACUUCUGUUGCUGUACUGUUCUUAGCUGUGGCUGUGUCCACGACAGUCCUGGCUGACCAAAGGCCCUUGGUGACUGACAGAGUGACUUGGGACAUCACCAUUGGAGGCGAAGAAAUUGGAAGAAUUGUUAUUGGGGUCUUUAAAGAUGUUGCUCCCAUUACUGCCAAGAACUUCAUUGAGCUGUCUUCUGGUGUUAAUGGCUACGGCUAUGCUGGAAGCUCAUUCCACAGAGUCAUCAAGGAUUUCAUGAUUCAAGGGGGUGAUUACAGCAACAAAGACGGCUCCGGCAUUAACAGCAUCUACGGAGGCUACUUCGACGAUGAGAACUUUGACCUGCAGCACUACGGUGCUGGGUGGGUCAGCAUGGCCAAUGCCGGCAAGGACACAAAUGGCUGCCAGUUUUUCAUCACUCUGAAGGCCACCCCAUGGCUGGAUGGUCAGCACACUGUGUUCGGAAAGGUCCUGGAGGGCAUGGAUGUUGUCUACCAGAUCGGUGACACCGACACCACUGCUACAGAUGGUCCAGUUGAACCUGUUGUCAUCGCCCGCUCCUCAGCUGAAAAGGCAACCGAUGCUCUCUAUGUUGAGCUUGCUAGUGCUGAGUAGAUGUGACUCCCUCAAGGGAGGAACUGUCCGGUUUGCAUUGUUCAAUUCCAUUUUUUUUUCUUCUUUACCUGUCGGAGGUUUGUUGAAGGUGUAUUCAGAAACUUUUGGUUAUGAGUCUGUACAAACAGAUACAGUGUGGCAGUAAGUUACACAGUGAGCAGAAAGUAGCUCAUAAUAGUCAUGUCUACAGGAUUUGAGAGAUUUUCUCUUAUGUUUGGGUUUGGCUUGAAAGACUCGCUGUAAAAAAAAAUCCCUCUAUAGUUUGAGUUCAACUGUAAGGCUGUUGACUUACACUUACAAUGAUUAGUAAAAAUUUCUCGUUUUUCAUUGUGAGGGAAAGAGUUUGACAAGACUCGUGGUUGGGAUUUUUUUUUGGUCAUUUGUGUCUCUGCUGAUCACCAUGCUGUUAUUAAAUAUUGUGAUGAGGAAUUGGUGAAAAUGUUUGAUGGAAGGUGUGAUGUGCUUGUUACAUGUCGAUGUGCGAGAGGUGUGACAAGGGUGAAAAGUCAGAAAAUAAUAAGUAUUUUGUGCAUUUGUGAUAUAGACAGAUGCUACAACUGCUACUUACAUCAAAGAUGCCACAUUUUUGUGAACAUGUGUACUGCCAGCAAAUGAUCUUCCAAACUCCAGGAAUGGUCUAUGAAAUCAUGUGUAGUGACAUUUUGGUUCUCUCAAGAUCAUUGAUUUCAUUCAUUUAGCCCCGAUUUCCAGAGAGGCUGUGUUUGAUUUUACAGAAUACAAUUUCUUUUUUGGGAUGGAAUUUUGAUUUCAUCCUUUGGAGGAAAUCUGGCGAUUGGAGUGAACGGGAGGGCCUUAUUCCACUCAGGGAAAGUUGGGCUCAUUUGGGGAGGGAGGGAGGGGGGCACUUUUUUGUCUGGAUUCAUGGAUAGAGUGAGAUAGAUAGAGAUAGUGAGAUAGAGAGAGAGAGAGAGAGAGAGAGAGAGAGAGAGAGAGAGAGAGAGAGAGGAUGCAAAAGAACGGUAUGUUUUAUGUUUUCAUCAUCUGUGUCAUAUUUUAUACUUCUACGAGUAAAGAUUGACACCUAAUUUACUUCACUUCCAAAGCGUAGUAUUGCUGCAAGAGCAUACUUCAUAUCUUAUUCUUUCUAGUACUGUUUUGACCAACAGUUUUCAAACUUGGCCGCACAAAGGAGACUUUUUUUUUCGGGUUCCAAUGCAUUGUAUAAUAUAUAUUCAGUUGUCAUAGUUGCUUUGUGAAUUGGAGUUAUGCAAGUGUUGCAUGUUCUUUUUACACUGUUUUUGACUAUGUAUGAAUGUAGUUUGUGUGAAAGAACUGUUACGCCACCAAAAGUCAUUUGGUCAUAUGUUGGUACUUAUGUUUGUGAAGGCAUUAAGAAUCCAAAACUUAAAAAAGUUUUAGCCCUGAUAUUAAAAUUGUUAAUUGUUAUGCAGCAGUGAAGAAAGAAACAUUGCUUUUUAUCAUGUUCUUUAGGUUGUAUUCACUGGUUCAUACCCAGUUUCACAAUGGUGCUAUUUUACUUUCCACUUUAUGUACACAUGAGAUCUGAUCUGCUGCUUUAUCAACUUGAAUGUUACUGUUUCUGCCAACGAACUCUUUGAUACACAAAAAUAGACACAGUUUCUUUGCCUUAUUAUGCAUUAUAUCAAGAUCAGUAUGCAUGUUUUGUGCCCUUUUUUAAAAAAGCUUUAAAGUUUAUGACAUUAUUUUAAAGUUUUUGUAUGAAACUAUAUCAAAAUUUUUAGUGCUAUGUGGCGAUAUCAUAUUGUGGUACAAGCGUAUCAUUUUUCCAGGCAGCACUUUUCUGAGAGAAUGUGUUAAUUACCUGUAUUUUGGAUGCAUUUUUUAUUUAAAAAAAAUUGAAAUCAAAAUGUGAAAAUCAAAUAAAGGCUAUCUAUACAGUAAA